AGAUUUCAAGAUUUGCACUUUCUAAUUACUGGUGGUGCUUAACAGUUCAAAAGGCUGUGUCUUCUAUUCUGGCAAAUCUUUUUUUUUUUUUUAAGUAACUUUAGCUUCUGUGUUCAACUCUGCAGAUUUUCUUUUAAAGAACAACAUUUUCGGGGUAAGGAUCCUUGGUGAAUCGAUUUAUGAACUAAAUUAAACUACUCUGGAUCUGAUCCACAAUUGUCGGAAGUUAAUAUCUUGGAUUUUGACAGCACAAAAGACUAUUGAAACAUUGUAAGGACUUGUAUAUUUGACAUAGCAAAGGCGCAUUGGACAAUUGUGAGACCCAUUCCUGAACUUGGUUGGUAUUUUUGGCUGGGAAACGGAUCUCCGCGGGUCUGAAGAAUCACCUAACACUCACCAGCAACCAGGGAAGCGGCAACAGCAAAUGAAUGUGAACAUGGAAACAAUCUUUUUUCAAAAAAUUCGUUAACAAAACAUCUCAGAAUCCAAGAAAAAGGGACCCUGUCUGUAACUUGCACACGAUUAAGGCUCAGUUGUGUUUGCUGGUGAAGAACAUCUAAGGUGGAUGAAAGUUGUUCAAGCAAGGAAGUUCUAACUCCCCAUUUCUCAGAACAUCUGGCGGAACAGAUAUAUUUCUGCUCUUAAUUUGGAGUAGUGUUAAGUUUUUCCUCCUAGUGAAGAAAUUGUUGAACACUUGCUGAAACCCAGCACCAAUUCCGUAGCAUUGCAGAAAUAUUGAAAGUUCUGGGUCUGAAGUUAGGUUCCUGAAUCUGCUAGAAUGGAAGAGUUCUGGGUGGUCUACCUGUGCAUGAUUUUGUUUGUCUUAGUCCUUAUUUUGAUGAAUCGGAAGCCAGAUGAUGAGAAGCCCUCAACUUCCUAUAGUCAGUUUGCCAGCAGUGCCGGAAAACCCCUGGAAUAUACGGAAGAAGAACUGGAGGCCUCCAUGCAGAAGCUAACUGGGCUUUUAUUUGGAAAAAAGGAACCUCACUCUGAUCACAGUGUCCACCAGAGAGAAUCUUCAGGAAAAGAGCAUCAGGAGAAAGCUCACCAUACUGCUCAGCAGAACAUCUUGGAUGAGAUUGGUGAGUCCUUGUUGGCAUCCCAAAUUUCAUGGGUCAUCGAAGAAUCAUUGAGUGUAUUUGUAUGUCUUGGCGCCCUCCUAUUUGUGGACUAUAAUACCAUUCUCCUCAGCCACUUCUGGCUAGGAAGGUGGGACUCAAAAUCCAAUACAACGCGAGAAGUCACUGGAAUUGGGGGAAAGAGUGAUGUUUGUGCUAUUUUCCCCAGUUUUCCAGAUGUGUGGGAGUUCAACUGCAUAACCAAUGUUGGAUUAUGUUAUGGGGAAGCCAUCGCAUCUGGAAACUGCAUCUGGUUGAGAAAACAAAAUGUAUUUAGCAUAUUUACCGGAGUAUCACACACUUUUUCUCUCCCUCAGAGGGUGAAAAUUUGGGUGCAUCUUAUACACCAAAUGUAGUCAAAAACGCAAGACACAGAGAAGGCGAUGGUCUGUGUCAAUCCCUGCAGCCUGGAACAGCUGAUUGGGGGUAUUCCAGGAGGCUGAUCCAUCCGCCAAUCAG